AUUGAAAACAAGAGUGGUCUGCUAUAGGAUAGGGCUGUUGAAAUCCUCUCUAUGAUUUUCGAUUAUUUUGUCAUUUCAAUUAAUUACAGUAGGUGAAAGUGAUUAAUCAUCGUGACUCAUUCAAUCUUAUUAGGCACAAUGGAUUUCAAAGGAGGAGAGUACAGCUACAGAUGCCACAGUGGAUCCAGACCAGUCCAGAUUCAGCCAAACACUUGGAUGGUCAAGGACAAGACAACUCAGGGUCUAUGACACAUUCUCAACAUCAAGGACCAAUCAUGGACAUCUGUGAUUGGCCAAUCUAUGGACCAGAUGAAGCUGAAGACAUCAUUGAAGAAAAGUACCAGAUUCAGCAUAACAUGGAUAAUCAGGUUGUAUAUUUAGACCACAAUUAUUCAAAACAUCGAUUUGAAAUUAUAGUGCUCAAGCCAGAGGUUCUGAUUGAAGGAGAAGAACACCAACAACAUGAAGGAACAGUGGAAGAAGAGGAGAUUCAGCAAGAUAAUGAUACAGGCAUACAGAUUGAAAGCAUCUAUUCUCUCUCAACAGAUAGACUGAACUGUGACCCCUUUAUACCUGAACACUUGAAAGUUGAAAAUGUAGAAGAAUCUUAUGAAACACACUCAGAAACAUUAGUGGAUAUUGAAGACAAUUAUUCUGAUACAUUAUUUACACAUUCCGAAAGUAUAAGCUUACCACCAGGAGUAUGUAUAUCAAACUCUGUCGGACAAGGAGGUUUAAGCACCAUCAAUAGAUCAGUUGAUGAAACUCUUGGGAACACUUUGAUCAACGAUUCUGAUGAAGACCUCAAUGAGGUGGACCUAUUAAUUAAAAAUGCAAGAAAGAAUGUGAUUGAUGCAGCAAGUGAUAGUGACUUAACUGAAUGUCAGUUGUGUGGUGAAGCAUUCAGCAACAUCAGAGAAUUAAAUCUUCAUUGUAGAAUACACACAGCUGGGAAACAACAUAAGUGCAAGUACUGUAACUACAAAACAAAAAAGAAAGAUCAUCUCUUCAAACAUAUAAGAACUCACACUGGAGAGAGACCCUACAGCUGUGAUUUCUGUGACUACAAAGCAACAGAAAAAUCAUCUCUCACCAACCAUAUAAAGACUCACACUGGAGAGAGACCAUUCAGCUGUGAUUUUUGUGACUACAAAGCAAAAGUGAAAUCAGCUCUCACACAACAUUUAAGGAUUCACACUGGUGAAAGACCCUACAGCUGUAAUUUCUGUGAUUACAAAGCAAUACAAAAAUCAGCUCUCACCUUGCAUAUAAAGACUCACACUGGAGAAAGACCAUUCAGCUGUGAUUUCUGUGACUAUAAAGCAACAAUAAAAUCAGUUCUCACCCAACAUUUAAGGACUCACACUGGACAGAGACCCUUCAGAUGUGAUUUCUGUGACUACAAAGCAACAGAGAAAUCAUCUCUCAAAAAACAUUUAAGGAUUCACACUGGAGAGAGACCCUUCAAAUGUGAUUUCUGUGACUACAAAGCAAAAGUGAAAUCAGCUCUCACACAACAUAUAAAGACUCACACUGGAGAGAGACCCUUCAGAUGUGAUUUCUGUGACUACAAAGCAACAGUGAAAUCAUCUCUCACAAAACAUUUAAGGAUUCACACUGGAGAGAGACCCUUCAGCUGUGAUUUCUGUGACUACAAAUCAAUACACAAGUCAUCACUCAACAGACAUCUGAGAACGCACACUAAAGAAAGACCCUAGAGCUGUGAUUUCUAUGACUACAAAACAAAUCUAAAAAAAAGUCAAGGAAACACACUUGCAAAAAACUUUGAAAUUAAAUUUUUCCAUAUAAAACUUCAUACAAUCCAAAACAACAUUCAAAUACUGGAAAUAUUUAACUGAUUUCUGAGGUCCCAUAACUCUUACAACAGCUCAACUCUCAAAACUCUGAACCAUUCAUUAACAUAGAAAAUAUAUAAAUAAUUAUUUACUUAGAAACUAUGUCAAUCAGAAAUCAAUCUCAGACAUAAUACUUCAAGAAAGUUUUUAAAUGUUAAUGUCUUGCCCUUCUUAUCAUCUGCAUGAUUCAUCAAUUUUCUAUCUGAAUAUUUUUAUUUUAUUUAGCUGAAUCACUGUACAUACUACUAUAUAAAUAUUCCCAGGUAUGUUUUUCUAGUCAGUAAAAUUUGUAUUCAUAUUUUUCGAAUAUUUGUGCAAUAAAGUAUAAUAGUUUUCAAA